AUGGCUCUAGACCAGAAGAACAUCCAAGGUGACAUCUGGCCGCGACUGCCCAAAAAAAGUGAAGUCUUCUUGUUUUUUGAGAUCACCAAUAGUGCCAAGUUUAAAGAGAAGCUCAGCGGAUUUUCAAAACACCUUACCAGUGCCCACGACGCCCAGCAGAUAUUGAGUGAGAUAUCCCGGCGCAAAGCAAAUGGGGAGCUUGGUCCCGACGACGUCAUCGACGCCAUGGCAGCGAAUCUCGCAUUUUCAGCCAAGGGUCUCAAGGAGCUGGGAAAAGAGGACCUGGGCGAUGACGUAUUUAAGAAAGGGAUGUAUAAUGACAUGGUGGUGGAGGGACUCGAUAGAGAGGCAGAAUGGCACGGUGAAUUCAAGGGAUCGCGUGGUGUGAUCCAUGGUGUCUUCAUUAUCGCCGCCAGUACUGAGCAAGCCGUUCAAAACUUCCUGAUUAAAGUCUUGAACCCAACGUUCAAGAAUGCCCCAGACCGCUCAGUCAAAUAUUUGUUUGCGCAGACUGGUGUAGUAUUGGCGCAUGAAUGUGAACACUUCGGGUGGGCGGACGGCGUUUCCCAGCCGUUGAUCAAGGGGUUGGAUAAACCAUCCUCGGAAAAGCUGGCGCCGCCACCUGUCAAGCCUGGCAUCAUCAUUGUUGGAGCGGAAGGUGAUACCGCGAACCAUCCCCCAUGGGCCAAGGACGGUAGUUUCAUGGUGUUCCGGAGAUUGAAGCAGCUGGUCCCCGAAUCCAUCCAAUGGGUCACCGAGAGCUUUAAAUCGCAAGCGACAAAUGAAAAGGGUGAAUUAAUGAUUGGAGCGUUAUCGUGUCUGUCAUCUCGACUUAUGGGAAGAUGGCGUGAUGGCGUCUCUUUGGAGCAGAAGCCACAUAGCGAUGACGCUAUGCAUGACGAGGCAACGCUCAUGAAGUCCAACAAUUUUGAUUUUCAGGAUGUGCAAUGGCAGGACAAAUGUCCCUUCGCCUCUCAUAUCCGCAAAACGCGGCCUAGAGGAGAUCGUCUGGACGAGAAUGGUGAUUUGGAUGAUACGCAUGCCAUUGUCCGCCGAGGGGUUCCAUAUGGACCAAAAACACAGAGAACAGAAACGCUAUCGGGUAUUUCCAUGCAUGAUCGAGGGUUACUCUUCGUUUCUUACCAGAGUAAUCUUCGCAACGGAUUCCGGUACAUGCAAAAGGAAUGGUCGAAUAAAGUCUCUUACCCCGCUGGCAAGGACAAGAACUACGGUGGCGCGCAGCCAGGGUUGGACCCAAUCAUUGGCCAGUGGGCGGAGGGCGAUGAACAAAACAACUAUGCGAAUAUCCCCAGGCUUGAUGACCCCCGAAAGCUUGAAAAGAUCAAACUCGAGCGGAUUGUCAUUGCGGAGGGUGGCGAGUAUUUUUUUACUCCUUCGUUCUCUGGUAUCAAGGAGUUGUGCAAGUAA